UGCGUUAAUUUCAGUCCACAGCAAACUCCCUGAACUCUCUCUCUCUCUCUCUCUCUCAGCUGUCAGGAUGUCUGGUGCUGGAAGGACCGUGCUUGUGCGGGGAGCUGGCACUGUGGGAUCAGGGAUAGUCAAAGCUCUGCUGGAGAAAGGCUGUCGUGUCGCAGUUAUAUCCAGAGAUGCAGCCCGGCUGGAAAAACUGAAAAGCUUUGUCCCGGCCUCCACCCGAGAAAGGCUGGUCACUUUGGUUGGAGAUGUGGGGACCGAGGAGGGUGCAGAGGCAGCUAAGAACAGUGUGGUGAAGGCACUGGGGAAAGUGACUGACAUUGUGUCAUCCUUGGGGUUCAGCUGGUGGCAAGGUGGGCCUCCUCACACUCAGUCACUGAAGGACCUGCACAAGGUGCUGGACACCCUAUUGUUAAGCACUUUUACAUCCUGGAAGGCAUUCUUUCCUCUGGUUAAAGAUGACCCUAAUGCAUCAUAUACAUUUGUAACUGGUGGUGCAGGAGACAGACUGCUCAUGCCAGGCACCGGUUUCCUGACUGUGGGUGCGGCUGGAGCUGUGGCGUUCUGUCAGAUCGUUAGAGAAGAGUAUCCUGACGUACCAUGCAAAGUGAAUGAGAUGAAGCUUAACUUGGGUGUUGCAACCCCAGAACGGAUUGCUCCUGGUUUCGUGAAUCACUUGGAUGUGGGUGAAGCCAUGGCCACUAUAUUGGAGAAGAAGUGCGUUUCACAUCAUGUGAUCUGUGUGAACACACCAGCCGACCUCAAAACCCUGAUUGUAGAAGGCAAAGUCUAACCUUCCAAAGAUUGAGCGUGGAAUCACUCCUCAACGGCCACGCCAAGGCAACGGUCCAUACCACUUUGUUUAGUUCAAAGUCCUGUAACAGAAUAGUAGUGUGCACCUUACUAUAGAGUCAAUUAUAUGCCUGAUCACAACACAACAAAGACAGCCCAAGUUUCACAUUUAAUUACCAGAUUGUUCCUUAUUAAACUCAAGGCAAACCUUAAGUUAAUAUCUGGCAGUAACUUGCCAUGUUCUGUUAAUAAGCGCACACCUUUACUCUCAGGAAAUUCAAGUUCCAAACUAUUUUACGGACAUCAGAGUAAAGUAAUUUGCCACUAUUGAUUCUGCUCUUAAGAGAAAUUUGCCUUAAUCCAGAUCAGGAAAAUGCAAAGCUGUACUCCACUGGUAUUUGCUUCAGUGUUGAAACAGAUCCACAGUUAUUGGUGCUGGUCAGAAUUGUGAACUGUACACAUUAACAUUGACAAUCUGAAACAUAACAUAUAUCAUCCCUUCAGUAUUACCUAGCUUUGCUACUGAAGUAAAUUGCCCACUACUUUAGUUAACCUAUAGGACUUCUGUUGAUGACAUUUCUUGAUGUGACUUGUGUUUAACCAACAUAGCAUACACAUUUCAGCAAAUUAAUAAUACAUCUAAUUGUUGUACUGGUACUCCUUUUGACAACAAUUCCUCUGUAAAAUGUAGUUAACAUUCUCCAUUACUUGAUGUAAAUUGAUGUUAGCCAAUUUUGUUGGACAUUUUAAUAAAUGUAAUUUGUAAAAAUAAAUGCGUUUG